AUGGUUGUCUUCCGUAUAGUGCGAAAAACUAUCUUCCCAGGCCUUCUAGGCGCCUCCACGGCCGCUGCCUACCUCGCCUCUCAGAACCCCGUCGUCUCCCCGCUCCCAGCCAACGAUCCCAUUUGGAGCUCAAGGCUCUUCAGAAGGGCCAAUCCUAACGGCAACCCCGCCACAAACGAUGUCUGCAUCAAGCGCAUUCCCUUCAGCAAGAUUCGCCCAGAACUGCUCAAGAAGGAGAAUGAUUUGAGUCUUGAAUUCUGUCGCGGUCUUUGGAGUGGAUGGGGCUACGCUAUUCAGCGCAGAUAUCUCGACUUCAAGUAUCGCGGUCCCGAGACUGAGAACCAACUCUGGGACAACGAGCAGCUCGCCACCAGCACCUACGACAGGGGAACCGUCAUCACGGACCACUUCGAGGUAGUCGAAAAGACCUCAAACUCCAUCACCGUGCGCUGCGGCGACACACCACGCAACAGUGCUCUGCGUCCCUCCGACGGUCUUUUCCAGAUCAGCGCCACCAUCGACAAGACGCGUGAGGAGGUUGAGUUGAGGCUCAAGAGCGUUUUGUUCUCAAGCGAGGGCAAGGUGCCUGGUCCCAAGGGUCCUAUGCCGGGACAUAUUGAGGAGCUGCAUCAGUGGUAUGCGCGAAUUUGGGCCGAGACUGCUUCGUGGAAGCUUCUGAAGUGA